CUUAACUUCUCUAAUAAAGGAGUUUAUUUCAUGUUCAAAAUCUCAAGAUGUCCAUACAUGCAACAUUUGCAUGUCACACAGACAUCUUACGGAUUUUUGCCCAGAACUUCAAAAAGAAUACUUUGAACAAAGGAAUGAUGUUGGUUUCCAAGAGAGGUAUGAUUCAUUCUCCAACACAUAUAACCCAUACUCAAGUUCUUAUUCUAGCAUGUCCACUGAAGACAUGAUCCGAUCUCUCACUAUCAAUGUGACAAAUAUGCAACAAAAUGUGUCACAAUGCCCGCAAGAAACAAUGUCCAACGAACAGAACUUGGACAAUCAAGCGCAACAAAUGCCAAGCAUUGUGAACCACAUGAGCGAGGAGGAGGAAGAAGAGGAGAAUACGGAGAAAGCUCAACUGGAGGAGGAACCUCAAAACUCAACUCAACCAUCGGCCAUUCCUGAGAUCAUGCCACCAAUUCCGGAGGCUCUAAAUGAAACACAAAGGGUGGAGAAGGACAAAGAUAUCUAUGAAAUCUUCCGCAAUUGUGAAUAUAAUUUAGACUUCUCUUUGUUCACAAAUAAGCAAGGAAUAACGGUGGAGUUGCACAAAUAUUUCAUACUCCCUCUUAUACCACCCGAAUCAAAACCCCUUCCAUUGACCAUGCUUAGAGAAAAUCAUGGACCCUCACUCUCACAAUAUGAAGCGAUACAAAUCCGGAUAUUUGAUCCCGGAAAGAUUGUCCAAAUAGAGGGUCGAAAAAUAUUGUAUUUCUAUAAGAGUCACCCGGGUGAAAAUUUGAAGAAGAUGAAGUAUCACGAUCCAAGCUUGAACGAUUGAACACAAUGAUGGCGUCGUGCCGCGACGUUAAAUUAGGCGCUUCUUGGGAGGCAACCCAAGCAAGGUAUGUUUUCUUUUCAGUUUAUUUCAGUAUGUGUGCGUGUGUAAAAAAAAAAAAAAAAAAAAAAAAGUGUAUCUGGGGACAUACCCGAUCGCGUAAUCUUCCAUACUCGGUCGGGUAUGGGUAAAAAUAGGGAGAACCGAGUUCCAUACUCGAGCGAAAUGGUCAGUAUUUUAAACAUUGGAGGCAUACUCGAUCGAGUAUCAGUAAUACUCGGUCGAGUAUGUCCAGAAAGGCAAAUCCAAAAAGAGCCUGUUUCCAGCACUCGAUCGAGUAUGGACAUAUACUCGGUCGAGUAUGUCUGGAAAAUCAACCUACCAGACCCUGUCUUGAAGGCCCGAUCGAGUAUUAAGCCAUAUUCGAUCGGGUAUUACUGGAAAACUUCAUACUCGAACCCCUGUGUUGAGUAUCCGAUCGGGUAAAUCUGCAACUUAACCCCAAAACACACCCCAA